UUAAUAUCUUAUCCAAUUCUGUCAGUUUUGUAUAAAAAAUAUAGAGUUUUGGACGGUUUUCAGGCUGUUUUUGGCCUGAAAUAUCCGAUCACCAUCAAUUCUUCAAUGUCAGAGUUUUUAAUUGAGAGAAAUUUAAUUUUCUCCCGGCAGUUGAUGAAAAGAGUCAGCGAGACUUGUCCGGAUAUCACAAGGAUAUACAGCAUCGGGAAAAGUUACUUGGGGUUGAAAAUGUACGUCAUGGAGAUUUCAGACAACCCCGGGCAGCACGAAGUAGGAGAACCGGAGUUCCGCUACGUGGCUGGCAUGCAUGGCAACGAGGCGCUGGGCCGGGAGCUGGUGCUGAACCUGAUGGAGUAUCUGUGCCAGGAAUACAAGCAGGGUAACCUUCGCGUCCGGAGGCUGGUCACCGAGACCCGGAUCCACCUGAUGCCCUCCAUGAACCCCGAUGGUUACGAGACGGCCUACAAGCUGGGCUCGGAGAUGUCCGGCUGGGCGAUGGGCCGAUGGACGUACGAAGGCUUUGAUCUCAACCACAACUUUGCCGACCUCAACACGCAGCUGUGGGAUGCCGAGGAUGCCGAGCUGGUGCCCCACAAGUUCCCCAACCAUUACAUCCCCAUCCCGGAGUCCUAUACCUUCCCCAACGCCACG